CCCUCUCUUUCCUCCCUCCCUCCCUCUCCUCUCCUCUCCUUCCUGGCUUUCUUAGCAGUCUUCACGAACACUCUUGAACAAAAAUGCUAAACAUACCACCCUUCCUCAGCUUUGUCACCUUGUAUGAGACCUAUCUCCGCCGCUGCUUUGCCAACGCCGGCCUCUCGCAACAAACCCUGAAGCUUGACGAUGAGACCACUGUCCGGUUCUGGGGCCCGAACCCCGAAGAAACCGCCCGGAAAACUCCCGUCAUGUUGAUCCACGGGUUCGGCCCCGUGGGUCUCUGGCAAUGGAGGAAGCAGGUCCAAUGCCUCGUCCCUCACUUCGAUGUCUACGUCCCGGACUUGAUCUUCUUCGGCGGCUCCACCACGAGGUCCGCCGAGAGGACCGAGGUCUUCCAGGCAGCCGCCGUGGCGAAGCUCGCUGACAAGUUGAAUUUACAGAGGUUCCACGUUGUGGGGACGAGCUAUGGCGGGUUCGUAGCGUACCACGUGGCGCAGAUGUGGCCCGAGAGGAUCAGGAAGGUGGUGAUCGCGAGCUCGGGGGUCAACAUGAAGAAGGGAGACAACGAGCAGUUGUUGGGGAGGGCCAAGCUAGAGAACAUCGAGGACCUCAUGUUGCCGGAAACCGCUGCGAACCUGAGGACGCUGAUGGAUCUGGCCGUGUACAAGCGCAUUGCGCACAUGGUGCCGGAUUUCGUUUUGAACGAGUUCAUCAAUAGAUUAUAUACGGAAAAAAGGGAGGAAAAGAUAGAGCUUCUCAAGGGAUUGACCCUUGGAAGAGAGGAGGACCCUGGCAUUUCUGCUCUUCAACAGGAUGUGCUGUUGAUCUGGGGAGACCAUGACCAAUUAUUCCCAUUGCGAAUGGCAACUGAACUCAAGGAGCUUUUGGGGAAGAAGGUGAAGCUGGAGGUGAUGGAGAACACGGCGCACGUGCCGCAGAUUGAAGACCCGCUGCGGUUCAACAGCAUCCUCAAGGAUUUCUUAUGUGAAGAGGAGUCCUUUUAGGGUUUCUUACAUUGUAAUGUGACUAAUCAAUCUUAGUUCUAAGUAAUGCUUGCUUGUUAGCUCUGUUUUUUUUUUUUUUUUUGCUGCUUUUAUUGUGGGAUUAAGCAGGUGGGUAACUUGCUCUAGGAAUUCCACCUUUGCAAUCCCAACCGACGUAAUGCUCGUCCAAGGCAUACUAAGCACUUUUCGAUUAUGUGUCCUCUAUAAUCUAAUAAAGUAAUUAUGUUUUUAUGCUUUUGUA